UGAGGUUGUCAGUGGGGCUAAGGUAGCAUGGGAGUGCUGUCAGGCAGGGGCUCCUGCCCCUGCAGAGGCUCGUUCUCCUCGUCCAGUUUACUACUGAGGAGAGGAAGGGGGACAGCCCAUCAACAUUCCGUUUUCACAGGCACAUUCCUGCCCAUGGCCCUCCCCCAGCUGUUCAGAGUCAGCUUCUGUUAACCAGGCAGUGCUCUGCGUCCCACAAGGGCUGUAGAUAUCCUGAUUUCAGGCUAAUGCUGAAGGACCAGUGAGAAGUGACUUACCUGAAGUCACAUGGCUAGUAAGGGCAGAACCACCAGUGACCUUGCGGAGCAUACCUGCUCAAGGCUCAAGCUGUCCCCCACUGCCAUCCCUGCUUUUAAUUUCUCUGGGAGCUCUGGAACCUCUAAAAAUAAAGCUUUGCCUCCCUUCAAUCCCUUGAGCCAUUACUAGCUCCACUGCCCCAUUCUCACUGUAAUGUGCUGGACAGUUUUCUUUGCAGCCCUCCCAAGUGGAGGCAGCUUGUUCUCAAACCCAGCUGGCCCACGGCAGCUGUACCACCAGCUCUGUGGCUGUCCCCCCAGGCAUCCCAGGCCCUCUGCCUUGGCCAUCCAAGAUUAUGGCACCUGACUGAUUGCUCCAGUGACCUCCUCAUUGGAGAACACAUCCACUUCUCUGGCCUUUCAAUUCCUUGACUUUCUUGGCCCUAAUAACCUUCGCUGCUCACACUCAGGCAUCCUCCUCAGCCUUGCCCAUUCACUGGGCUCAUGCCCAAACUCUUCACCCGUCCAUGGCCCACCGUCUGUGCUUUCCCUCCUGGCUGCUGUCCCUGCUCUCACACCUCAUGAGGGCAAAGAGCCUGGACUACUCCCUGGGCUUCCAGGUCCUCUUCCUCAACACCAAUCAUUUCAGACACUCGUACCAAAGUUCCCCAUCUUGUUCUACCCCUGACAUUCCCAGAAAAGCCCCUCAACCUCAAAUUCUUUGCACGGCUACCACGUUUGCCAGAGAAAACCACAUAACCAUGCAUAGUGAAGUCAGUUGUUACAGGUUAUGGUUUACAACACUGUCUGCACCUUUAAUGCUACCUGGAAAUCCUUUAACCUUCCCUAGUCAGCUUCUUUGCACACUCCCCACAGAUAUUUCAACUUCCACCACCUACUCCUUGAAACCUUUAUUCCACUCCCAGCCACCCCCUCGCUCUCUCAGCAGGUGCUCUUGCUUCCUACUCCACAGAGAAAAAAGGCCACCAGGCCGGGGGAGCUCAACUCUGCUCAGAGGAACUUACGCUCUCCCCUCCUGCCUUGAGCAAGCCUGUUCCUUUCUUAGGCCAUCACGUCCACCUCGCUUGAGAGCCUGUCUCUCCUAUGGCCCUCUCUCUUCAAUGCUUUCUUUCUUUUUUACAUCCUAAAUACUAAAAUCUCCUUAACCUUGAGAAAAAUCCUUUGGAGCUGUGUCUCCUUCAAGCUACUCUCUUGCUGCAUGAAAAUAACUCCUUCCUUUUACUGACAAACUUUUUUUAAUUACAGCAAUUAUUGUAUUAAAAGAAUUCUCAAACUUCUUGCAACAGUGAUGGAGGAGCUACUUAGCCUGUUCCUGAGUCCUCUCUACCAGCUGCCCCUCAACUUUAUGACCUGGUUUGGGCCUUUCCAAUACCAUGAAAAGUGUCCCCACAAACCACUCAAAUGAUCUCUCCACUGCCACGUUCAAUAGCCUGUCUUCUGUCCUCAUCCUUAUGGUCAUCUCAAAGCAUUUGACAUGGUUAGCUCCCCUGCUUUCUUGAGUUUUUCCCCUCUUUGGUUUGUGAUUGAGUUCCUCAGGGUUCUGUCCCUGUCCCCUUCUCUCCGCCACACUCUCUCCACCAGGAUGAUUGAGCUCAUCCUCUGUCCUACCAUCUUUAAGACAACAACCCAGAAGCACAUCUCCAGCCCAGAGCCCUGUCCUUUUCAAACUGCCCCUGGGCAUCUCCAGCUGGAUGCUCUAUAGAUAUCUCAAAGGUCUCAUACUGGGUCAGUUCUCUUUCCCCAGAACCUGUUCCUCCUCCUGCCCAGCCCUAAGCCCCUCUACUCGUGAGGUCAUUACUAGCUUCUCCAGGACUAGAAAAGCCUUCUCCUGGUUCCCCUGCCUCCUGACCAGCCUCAACUCUGCCUUCUUAGCUUAUCACCUAAAACACAUCUUCAGGUGGCAAGCAAGGCCCUUCCCCAUCAGUCCCCACCCUGACUUCCAACCUCAUCACCAAACAUUCUCUGAAAUCUCCACCCAGACUGACAGACAGACAGAUACACACACACACACACACACACACACUCACUCACUCACCUUAGGCUCUACCCUUCUAAAUGUCUCACUUUCUUCCCUGGAAUACCUUCCUGGACUCCUCAGCCUAACAAACCACCAGAUUGCUCCAAGACCCGGCUCAUUUGUUAACUCUUCUAUGAAGCCUUCUUUAAUAUACCUCCUAUCCCAACUUGGUUGUUCUGCCUUCUGUGCUGCCCAAAGCAUGUUUCAUUCUUUUAUUGGAGCAUUCUCAACACUGCUGUCAGUCAUCUGUUUGCUGUUGGUCCCUACUGCACUGUGAGCUCCUCCAGGACAGGGAGGAAUUCCCUCCCCUCCCCUCAUCUCUGUCUCCAGCUUUGACAGAGGACCAGGCACUAGAAGCCCUUCACAAAUGUGACACAACAGGCUUAGGCCUCCCAACUCCCAGACCCGAGUUCUUACUCCCUGCUCACCUGGACUCAGAGCUGGAAUCCAAUGGGGGGAUCCUGUCCAGCACUUCUUGGACCUGUUGCUGCAGUAACCACUCUUUCUCAGGGUCCUGCCAUUGAGCUGCAGCCAGCUGCAGCUGGGGGCCCUCCUCGUCACUGGAGUCCCUGUAGAAGCCUCCCAUCUCAGUGGCCCAGAGAGGUCCUGGGGAAGGGGUGGCCACCCCCACAGCCCCACAGACUCCAGCCACUCCAUGUCUCUGGAAGACUCACUGCUCCAGCUCCAGGUCCCCCUGGUAGGAAAGGGAAGAUGCACACACAGAGCAGGUGUUGUCCAGGAGGGAGAAGCAGGUGGGGCAAAAGAGACCUGGAGAGGCCAGGAGGGAAGGAGGUGAAUGUGAGCUUACCCGUCUUGCCACCCCCAUCACCCCCCACCACCUACUGUGCCCUCAGGCUUCCUCUGCCUCUGCUAUUCUCCCCCACCCUGUCAAGCGGUGCCCACUGGGAAGGGCUGCAAUGCCACUUGUGUAUGAAUCCUGUCAGCACACAGGAGAAUUAAGGCAAGCACGGAGAAAAUUAGUUUGGGGGAGGGGUAUGUAAAUGAAAACAUGCAUAGUAAUGAAGGGUGGGGUGCUAAAGGUGAAGUAUAGGAGUCCAUAAGGGCAGCACUACAGUUGAUUGUCAUAUGCAGGGAGAGGCGCACUCCCCAGGGGUCUAACCUCGGCAGCCCGGGGUACUGCAGGACACAAAACUCUCUGUGUCUCCUUCAUCCUGGGGUUGCCCACAGCCCAGGCAGUAGGCCUGGCGCAGCUGAAAGUAGCUGAGGAGCGGAGCCAGGAAGGGGCACCUGCAGAGAGGGUCCCCAGACCCUGAGCAGACCAAUACAGCCAGCCACCACCACCACCACCACCCCACUCUCCAGCAUCAACCUCCAAAUAACAGGUAGACCUUCCUGCAGUCUCUAACCUCCACCCCUCGGAUUAUUGCCUCUCUGUUGCCCUGUCCUCCUCCCUUCACUCCCAGCUCUAAGAAUUCUCAUCUCUAAUUCUUUCAAGGCAUGAAUGGCAUGGACUGGGUACCCUUUUCAACCACAUCUCUUAACACUUUGGGAAGACUGUGAUCCAUUCUGACCUCUGGCUCUUUUUCUGUCCCUUCUCACCUCACCCCCAGAAGGAAUGUGCGGGAAGGAUGGUGGGCUCACCACUUGGCCAGCAUACGGAGGACAUUCAUCUGGCCCUGGUCAGCUGCCCGCCGCCUUGCUGCUCGGUGCAGGGCAGCUGGCAGGUUUGUUCUGCGACUCAGAAGUAGGUUGUACAGCCUGUCUGACCUGCCCUGAGCCUGUGAGCUCCAGACUGUGUCUGGUUCGUCCUCGUGUCCUUGGAGCCCAGCAUGGUGACUGGCAUACAGUAGAUGCUCAGGAAAUGGGGUGCAGUCGAUACCAAUGGCUAUGUAACUGCUGGAGUCAGGCUCCGAGGGAUGCAAGAGGCAGCGCCGGGACAAGAUGCUGAUGUUGCCUUGUUGCAGGACAUCAAAUGCCGAUACCAAGUCACGAGGCCCAGAGGGGUUGCUACCAUCAUUACCCCACUGUUCAAGUGAGGAAACUGAAGCUCUGAGAGAUCGAGCACCCAGAAAACAGCAUAGUCCAGGAAGACCAGGAGCAGAGCAAGGAGGAGGUGCUGGAUAAGGCUGAAGAUCCCCAGGACGUAAAAAAUACGCUCCCAUCGAGACAAGAAGAUGGAGCCUGCGUGGGAGUGGGAAAGUCAGGGAGAUGCUCCUCAAUUCUCCCCCACGCCAGACCACAGCUCCCGGAGAGGGCUCCUGACCCUGACCGAGCCUAGGACCCUCACUUGGUUGGAUGUAGUUGCUAGUCUCGUGGCCACUGAGGGGCAGCACUGUGGGCAACCCCGCCUCGGAGCGGACAUCCUCCAUGCGUAGGAACCGGCCGGUGAUGUAGAUGUUGUCGAAACCAUCAUGUUUCAGGUAACAGUACCGAUAAAACAGGGCUCUGGGGUGGGGGGAGUAUACACGAGGCCCCUCACACCCCUGACCAGACCCCACAGGACACUCCCCCACCCCCACCCCACAACCUUAGCUCUAAGCAUGCCAUGGUGGGGGGGGGGGGAGCUGCCGGGGAACUCCACAGCCCCAGACCCGCCCCACAGCCCCUCACUCGAGGUAGAGAAACGUGAUCAGCAGUGGCGUGGUGUAGCCCAUCACAGCCAGGGCCUCCCGGAUGUGGUACAGCUUCAUGCUGACAGCCUCGUGGAGGUCCACAGCGACCUGGGACAGGCUCCGAGAGGCAUUGAGAUUCACAGAGAAGCGGUGGGUGGCUGUCAUGUUGAACUCAAACUCCCGACGCACCCGGUUAAUCAACUUCUUCACCGCUGGAGCCAGCAGGUUCAGGGAGAGAUAUGAACGGGGACAGUUAGGAGGGGCCCAGGGGAGCCCGGGUACCCCAUGGCUCACACACCAGCCAGGCACCCUCAGCAUCUGGACCUGUGGUGGAUUGAGGAGGAGCUCAAAGGCUCCAUGUGUCUGUGCCAUCGACAGCAUCCCCAGCGCCCGGCUCCACGCCUGGCACACAGUAGACUCCAUAAAGGUAUGUUAAGCCAAUCAAUGAAUGAUUUCAGUGACCAGCUCUGGGGUGCAGGAGGCUCUGGUUCUAGUCCCAGCUUCUGCCCUAAAGUCAAGCUUUGGUGAGGUCCCCUUCGUUUGCUGGGCCUCAUCUCUACAGCACUGGUGUUGACCUGGGGAACCCCUUGCAGUCCUUCCACGUUCAUGCAUUCCCAUCCGUGGACUCGGGACUCUCCCGGGCUGCCCAUGGCAGGGUGAAGAGGGGAGACCCCCAGCAGCACCAGAGACUGCAGGAGCCAGGAGGGGGCUCACUCACGGGUGCCGAUUGUCUUGCGCAGGAAGGGCUGGAUGUACCGUGGGAUGAUGCAGAACACCUGGGCCACUGAGAGCCGGACACUGUGUCAAGAUUUGGGGCGGAGGCAUGCAAGCAGCCACCUCCACCUCCAGGGACCCUCUUCUAACCGCCCCUCCUUCUUCGCUUUUUGCUUCUCCUUCUUGGCCUCCAUACUGACUUGAAACCUUUUGGCCUCUCCCUCUUGCCCAACGUCCAUUGGUCCUUCCCUUUUGCCCCCUCCCCCUACUGGGCUUGCCAACCAUGUGGCCCCAUAUUGCUCAUCCCCUGUUGGUCGCCCUGAGCCUGCCCUUCCGAUUGAUGCCUACACUGGUCCCGCCCCCUGUUAGCUCCUCCCUCCAGGUAGCCCCCUGGCCUCACCGCUGGCAAGUCCACAGAGCGCCAGCUUGAAGGGCAUGAGCACGUAGCACAGGUGGUAGGCUUGUGGUAUGACUUUCAUGCAGUUGUCCUUGGCAUCAUCGAAGAUCCGAGCGCACUUGGAGUACGGGCUGCCCAGCUCCGCGUUGCACACUUCCCCAAUGUGCACCAGCCAAUACCACACAUUCCGCAGGGCCCUGGCUGGGGAGGAGUGUGGGAUUGGCACCAGGGACCGGAGUCCUGCAGCGUCUUCUCAGAGGACUGAGGAACACCAGGGUUGUACCCAGAGCUGGAGAGGCCGGUAGCCAGGGGCCCAGCUUUGCUGUAUCUGGGGGGUACCAGUCAGCCCCCAGGAGGGGCAGGAAGAGGCCUCCCAUCCCACUCCCCACCCCCCAAAAGACCCAGACAUGCUAAUAUGCUGACCUAUAUGCUUCACACCAUCAAUGAUGGACCGAAAAAACUUGCGGAUCCGGUCGGCCACCAUUUUAGCCUUCUGGGCAAUAGCUUUAAUCUUAUUCAGGGCACCUGUGGGUCAGGGGGGCACUGUGGGGCCUCAUCCACUGACCCUGGGGUAGGGAUAGGAAAGGGGGCUGCUACCCCAGAGGUGGGGAGCCUGGACACUCAGGUCUGGGAGAGUGUUAAUCUGGCAGAGAGCAAGGAUGAAGGAGUCUAACUGGGCCCAGAGGGUCCUUUCCAGGACCCAAUAACAGCAGAGAAGGAGGGAGCCAGAGGCCUACGGAACACGCAGGACAAAGGGGACUUGGGGGCCAGUGCGGGACCGGGGGGCCUUACUGACUAAGGGCUGCUUGACCCGCUGCAGCACUUCAGUGGUCUGGUUCAGGGCCAGCUCCGCCCCACAGGCCACGGCCUCGCUGGCCCGGGUGAAGUUGCGAAGGGUGUUGGCACAAGGCCCUAGCAGCACUAACCCAAAGGCAGCCACCAACAGGAGGGUCCGGCCCUGCCCUGGAGAGAGGUCCCCAUCAGAACCAGGAUCCCAGCCCCGCACACAGCUGAACAGACAAGUCCCUCACCCAAGCCUUCAGAAUAUUUCCCUCAGCCAGCCCUCUCCCCCAGGCUCCCUCGUGCCGCAGCCCCUGCCUCAGGACCCGUCGUCCCUCCAGCCCCACCCUCACCCCCAACCGGAUGCCAGGCUCACUGGAGAAGGCCUGGGGCAGCAGCAGGAAGACAGUGACUCGCACUUGGCGAGAGAAGCCCAGGCCCAGGCUGAGGAAGGCGGCCAAAGUGAGGGUGCCCACCAGGCAGCUCCAGGGGCUGUGCCCCAUCGCCAGCAGCUCCAGGAGCCCAUAGGCCGUGGCCAAGGACAAGCCCAGGGCAAAGCCUCCCAGGCUGCGGACCACGGACUGCACCAUGCUGGGCUCCUCAACCCCCAAGGUUGGCAAGACAUUCUUCAGGACGUUGGGCAUGGCUGCUGAGACCAAAUGUCUCCAGGAGAUGCCCACCAGGUUCUGUGGCUCUUAAAGGGUCGUGGAAUUUCUCACCAUAUUCUAAGGUUCCGGAGGGCUCUUACUGUGUGCUUCUUAGAAUCCCCUUAUCCAGUUCCAAGGAUAAGGUUGGGGACAGGUAGGUCUCUAAUCUUCUUCCCCAUAUCUCAGAGCAGAGGGAUCAAAAGACACAGAUCUUGGACAAACGCUGUGGGGAAGGCAGAGGACACAGGUUCUGGUUCUGAUGGAGAUGUCUGCCCCAGAGCAGGGUCGGACACUGCUGUUAGUGGCUGCCUUGGCUCUGCAAGCUCCUUCUCUUGCCAGAAUCUCAUGUCCAAGGAGAUCCCUGAGACUGCUGGGGUGAGACGGGGUGCCCUAGGGCAGACUUAUGGAUGUCAAACCUGAUCAGGAUGGAGCGAACAGACAAGGAAGGAAACCACCCCACACCACGGUGCAGAGGUUCCUGAGCUGGGGGCUGCCCGUGUCGUGUAAACAGUUCUUGUGGCGUCAGCCGGGGGAGUUUCCCAUCACUGCUUUCCUGCUGGGGGCAGGUACCGGGGGGAUCCUGGCCAUAGGUCUCUUUCAGCUCCUGGUGAACCCAAUGAACAUCUAUGAAGAUCAGAAGAUGGUGAUGAUGUACAGUCUGGCAGGCUUGGGGGCCAUGGGCUGGGGGACGUCCCCUCAUAUCCGCUGUGCCAGCCUCCUGCUAAUACCCAAGAUGCUGGGCAGAGAGGGCAGGCUCUUUGUGCUGGGAUAUGCCUUUGCCGCCAUCUAUGCAGGGCCAAUAGCCAACCUGCGGUACAACCUCAAUGAGGUGAUAGCGUCGCUGGGCUGCACCGUGGAGCUACAAAUCAACAACACCCGCUCGGCCUGGCGUGUCUCCACAGCCCCCCUGCGGGCAGUGUUCAAGGACCUGGUGAGCAGCAGAGAUUCACUGAAGGCUGAGACUCAAAAUGUCUCCAACUCCUUUGAGGACCUGGAUGCCCAGGUGAAGAGUGAGACUGGCUACAAGCCUGAAGACGCCAUGGACAUAGAUGAGACUGCCCGAGGCAUAGAGACUCGCCAGGCCCCAGCCUUCAGACGUCAUCUCUCCACACAGAAGAUGUUUGAGCGUAGGACCAAGCUGCGUUGCUCCUUGAUGGACGUCUGGUGCCGCAAUCGCAUCCCGGUGGAAGGCAACUUUGGGCAGACCUACGACUCCGUCAACCAGUCUAUUCAUAACCUGAAUAGUGACUUUUCAGCCAACAUUGAACUAAAGGAAGAGAGGCAGGCUGGGGUGCUGGGCCUCAACACGAGCUGGGAGAACGUGAGCGCCGAGGUGCAGGACUAUGUGAUCUACCAGGAGGCCCGGCUGGAGUGGGGCCUGGAGCUGCUGCGGACGCUGCUCUCCUGCACCUUCCUGCUGAUCUUAAAGGGGGCCUUCUCCUACAUGGACAGCUAUAACAAGGACAUUCGCUUUGACAACAUCUACAUCAGCACCUACUUCUCUCAGAUUGAUGAACGCAGGAAGAAGCUGGGCAAACGGACCCUGCUGCCACUCCGCAAAGCUGAAGAGAAAACCAUCAUCUUCCCCUGGAAGCCUACUAUCCAGGCCUCAGAAAUGAAAAACUUGGGAGGGGAGCUCCUGGAUUUGCUGCCUGUUCUGCUGCUGCUGCUGGUGCUGUGUGGACUGGACUGGGCCCUCUACUCCAUCUUUGACACCAUCCGCCACCACUCCUUCCUGCAGUAUUCCUUCCGCAGCAGUCAUAAACUAGAGGUGAAGGUGGAGGGAGACUCCAUGCUAGCCCGGCUUCUUCGGAAAACCAUUGGGGCCCUUAAUACUUCCUCGGAGACCAUGGUGGAAACAAACAAUAUGCCCUGCCUGCCCCAGCCCAUGUGCCUGGAUGCCGGGGCCUAUUUGAAGGCUGCCCUACCGACUGGCCUGCUGGGGUGCUUCUGCCUGUUCCAGGCUUUUGGCUACCGGCUCCGGAGGGUCAUCGCAGCCUUCUACUUCCCCAAGCGAGAGAAGAAGCGGAUUCUGUUCCUCUACAAUGAGCUACUGAGGAAAAGAGCUGCCUUCACCAAACUGAGGAGGGCGGCCAUCAUCAGGCGGGCACGGGAGCAGAGAGCUCCACGCCACCACCUGGAGGACUUCCUGCACCGCCGCUGCCCCCUCCUGCGCCGCUGGCUGCGCCGACGCUGCGUGGUGUGCCGGGCACCCGAAACGCCCGAGUCCUACGUGUGCCCGACGCCGGGCUGCGAGGCCGUGUACUGCCGGUCGUGCUGGGACGACAUGCGGCAGCGGUGCCCGGCCUGCACACCCCGCGAGGAGCUUUCCUCCUCCGACUUCAGCGACAGCAACGACGACGCUACCUAUGGGGAGUGAAGGGGCGUCCGAUCCGCUCUCCCGCCCUGCUCCUUCUUAUUUAAUAAAAUGCCUAGAAUAUUCCUGGCGCUGGCGCUUCGCGGGGAUCGGCGCUGGGGGGACAGCCCGGCGUUGCCUAGCCGGUAGCCGGGACGACCCGCCCUAGCGACGCUGCCAGGUAAAGGCCCAACGCCCAAGCCGGUCGCACCCGACAUCGGCUGGGAGGCGUGGCUACCGCCCAGCAAAGCUGCCGGAAAGAGGCGGUGCCGAGCAGCGGGGGGCGGAGCUGCCGC